GAAACCCUGGAGCACAGAGGGAAGAUGCACGGGUUUAUUAAACAUGUGAAGUAAUGUUAACUGAUUUGGAUGAUUUUCCCACCAAAGCCCACUUGAAUAGGUUUGAUAUUUCUUUCUUCACCCAAGUUUCCGUUUUGGAGAAGAGAGAGGUGCCCUGAAUUAUAAUGGCACAGGUUUGCAUGGAGCGGCUCUCCAUGCAGCAGCGCACGGCGCUCUGGGCUCUUCUGCUCUGCACACAGGCCGCUUUGGGCUUCUCGCUCACAGGACAACAGACAACCUGCGAGGCCAACGGCAGCGUUUACUACGUGGGAGAGUGGUAUUUCCUGGACUCCGAUCACUGCACCCAGUGCGAGUGCACCAGUGAGGGCUCCGUGUGCGCCCGCACCGAAUGCACGUCCCUCCCGGCCGCCUGCAUCCAUGUGAGCCACUACCCCACCGACUGCUGUCCCAGGUGCGAGAAGAUCGGCUGUGAGUACCGGGGGGUGGUGUACGAGCUCGGAGAAAAUUUCCAGCCAUCUGAAUGUGAGCAGUGCACCUGUGACAGUGAUGGCAUCGCCCGCUGUCUCGUGGCAGACUGUGCCCCUCCACCCUGUGUCAAUCCUGUGUACCAGCCUGGGAAAUGCUGCCCGGAAUGCAAGGAGGGUCCCAACUGUUAUACUGAUGCAUCCCGCAGCCAAGUGAUACCUGCAGGAGAGCCUGUGUGGGUGGAUUCCUGCACCAAGUGUCGCUGUCAUGACGGCCAGGACGCCGGCUACUGGGAGGGAAAUCGCCUUGCCACUUGUUCCCGCAUCAAAAACUGCACACCUCAGCAGCCGCCCACCCCUAUUCAGUGAUUCUUCACACAACCACCAUAUAUUUUAAAAUAUGUGAUCUUCACAGUUUAUCCUUAGGUAUUUUAUUACUGAAGAUAUUAUACAUCCACCCAAGGAAGGACAAUCUGCAAAUGAGAUAGGGGUAACUCACCAACACUUGAAUGUAACAAAAAAAGUCAAUAAAAUUUGGAACCAUGUAAGAAACGAUGCGACUUCAUCCCACAACUCUGUUCACUAACAUAGCAACUUUAUCUCAAAACACAGGGAUUAAAAAUUGGACAGAAAUUGUACUUUGUACUCUUACUUUUUAAAUCUAGCUCAAUUUAUUUUAUUUUUUUGCAUUUUAAAAAUGUUGCUUAGAUGUUGAGAAUGCUUUUAAGGAGAAACAGGAAAAAGAGUGGGAGCUUUAGGAUCUCUUAGUCUCGAAAUACCCAGAAAAUUAUACAUAGAUUUAAGCGUUAGCAUAAACAACUGAUAAAUAAGAUAACUAGUGACAGACUUGUCACAAGCUGAGGCAGUUUUACACUUCAUGUACAGCUGUGAUGAACAGUAAAUAGGAAAUAAUUAAUGAGAGUAUAAUAUUAGAUAAGAUUUGUUGGCAUGUUAUUUAAAUGCUGUUUUUAAAUGUAUGCUGCUUGGACACGCACAUGGUGUAGGAGGUAGUAUUGACUCUUCAGUGCUAAGAUACAGCAAAUAUACAGUUUUCAGUGACACGUCAGAAUCAAAGUCUAGUUUAUUUUAACAUAAAGAUGUUUUAAAUUUUGCAAGACUCACUCCAGAAGCUUGUUACUUUAAUUAUAAUGUAUAUCUGAAAGAAAACCAAACAUGCUCUUAUCUUUUUAGCUAAGUUGACUUAAUAAAAAAAAAAGUAAAAUCUGAAACGUACUCCAUUAUUGUGAAAAAAUAGUGAAUAACACUCAACUAAGUAAAUGUUUUUCAAUUGUACUGUCAAGAGUGUAAUUGGAACAAACAAUGAUUGAAAUUUGUAUAAACCCUGCUUCUAGUACUGGGAUCAGUAGUUGGGAGUAGUCGCAUCAGUAGUUUUCUGAUGCAACUUUUUUCUCACAUUACACCUCAGUACAUUGGUUUUUACACUGUAAGUCAAAAUAAACUAUUUCCAUUUAA